GUGGCGUCGGCGUCCGUUUCUGCGCCACGGAACCGGGUGGAAAAAAACGGAAAAAACCCGAGAAAACCGGGAGAGAGAGAGAGAGAGAAACCGAGAAAAGAGAGAGACCGGCCGGGUAAAACCGGGAGACAGACCGGGAGAGCGCCGCGGCCACAGUACUAACAGAAUGGGUGAACGGCGCAGCAAAAACCUUCUGGUUCAGCUGGGACCCAAAAUGCAGGCUUAUCCAGAAGAGCUGAUUCGACAACGCCGCUCACAUGAUGGUCUUACAGAGUACCUUAUUCGCUGGAAUGUGCUGACUGUAGAUGACAGUGGAGGUGGAGGCAGCAGCAGCAAUGGAGCAAACAGUUCAUCUAGUGACAGCAAAGUGGACAAUAUUUUGAUGUGGAUGUCAGCUGAAGAUGUAUAUGCCAACUGCCCUACGCUCCUUGGGAAACGGAAACCAGAAGGUCAGAGAGUGAAAGAGGAACAGGAGCCAAGUGCCAGAUGUUGCCCAGUGAGUGCCGACUCUGAUGUGACCUUUGACGAUGUAGAGUUACUUGAUAUGAAGGAGGACGUAAAGCAUUUGGUACAAAGAGCAAGGCGACAAAUGUCUCGUAAAUCUGGACCAGAUUCAUCCUUGAAUAUUUCGCAUACAAUCCACGUUCUGAGCGCUUAUGCUAGUAUUGGUUCACUGGUGGGAGUGUUCAAGGAGACGGGAGCUUUGGAUGUACUUAUGCAAUUACUCUGUAACAAGGAAACGCAGACGCGCAGGAGUGCUGGGAAGAUGCUCCGGGCUCUCGCUUCACAUGAUGCAGGUAGCCGGGCAUAUGUUCUCCUCUCACUGAGCCAGCAGGAUGGGAUUGAACAGCACAUGGAUUUUGACAAUCGUUACACCCUGUUGGAAUUGUUUGCAGAAACCACUUCCUCGGAAGAACAUGGAAUUUCAUUUGAAGGAAUUCACCUCCCUCAGAUUCCAGGAAAACUCCUAUUUUCUUUGGUAAAACGGUAUCUGUGUGUCACCUCACUGAUGGACAAGUUGAAUAACAGUGGGCAAGAUGUAAGUGGAGAGCGCCAGGACUGCACUGCCUUGCAUGUACCAGAACAGACUCGACUGCUGCGCGAGUUUGAAUUCACUGUGGCAAUGGCAAAUCUGAUUUCUGAAUUAGUUCGUGUCAUGGGCUGGGACCGGAACAGAGAACCUGAUCAUAUGACAGGGUUGACAGGAGAAAUGCUGCCCAGGAACGUUAAAUCAAUAUUCCAGCCACGGAGCAUGGCUACCAGUAACUUACUGAUACCACAGCCGCGGAAAAAAACAACCACCACUUACAAAACACGCUCAAAUUUUGCCAGCCGGAGUAGCUAUGUGGAAUAUAUACAAGCGAAUUUAAAAGCAGGCAUGACUGUGAAAAUGCUGGAGGAUUAUGAACAAGUCAGUUGUGGAGAUGAAGGGGAGUUUAGGUACAGCAAUGAUGGAACUCCUCCUGUGCAGGUUUUCUGGCACCAGUUGAACAGAACAUAUUGGGUACACUGGCACAUGAUUGAGAUCAUUGGGGAUGGAUCAAGUGGGCAGGUGGAGAAGGAAUCGCAGGAGAAAGCUUCUUCACUGGCUGAAAACCUUAAACUAACAACAGUUGCUCAGACAUUUUUCCAUAAGCCGCCUGGUGGAUUGUACUCCCUGCCUUAUCUAUCGGAGAGCAUUUCUGAGGAUUCCUCUACUCUCAGCCGCUCAGAAUGGUGGGAGGUGCUUUUCUUCAUCAAGAAGUUGGAACCUAAGCAGCAGCAGGAGGCUGUUGAUAUCAUCAGGCAGAACCUGGAAGAUCAGAUUUCGGUAAUGGAUGAGAGUGAGUUGAUUCAGUUGACUGUACCAGCAGAACUUGCGCAGAAGCUGCUUCAGUUCCUCAGCCCCUUUUGCCCUUCGGCCUACCUGAAUGACCUGGAGUGCUCCCAUGUUUAUACCAAACACUGCUUGAAGAGGAAAGGGCUGGACCAGGAUAACCUCUCCGGUGCAUUAACCAACAUUGAAUACUUCUCCCAGCCUGGCAGCACUGGUUUGAUCUCCUCUGGAUCAUCUAUCUCUCAGUCAAAGAAAGCCAAGAAAGAAGUUUCUCCAGAUCUUGCAAGCUCUGCAGCAAUUUCAACCAAAAAUGAUGCCAUGCAGCAAACAGAGAUGGGCAGAAUGGAGGAGCUGGAGUUACCAGAUGAUCUUGAAGAGAAACUGAAAGUAUUCAACUGCCCAAAAGUGACUGGACGGAAGACUAACUUGGAGAAGGUGGGGGAGGUAGUGGAGAUCAUGAAGAAGUCAAGUUCUGAUAUAGGUUUGCAGGUUGCAGGUUUCAAGUUCAUUACUAAAAUGUUGGAAGAUGACAGCACACGAGAGAAGCUGCCUCUUAAACUGGAUUCCGGCAUUAACCAAAGAGACAAACUGAUCAAAGUGCUGGUGGAAGAAUUGACCAACUUCUCCAAGGAAAAGCCCCUGGUUGUCACCUGUUUGCGAUUGAUUUACAUCCUGAUGCAAAGAUAUGACUGGAGAGCACUGUUUGCCACAGAGGGAGGAAUCAAGAGUGUCCUGUCCUGUAUGCAAGAGCACAAGAAUUCUGCCCUUGUUCAGCAGGCUGCCCUGGCAACUUUGAAGAUCCUGACUGGAGCCAGCAAGUAUGACAUGCGUACUAAAAGUGUUCGGCCUCACCUUGCUGAUGCUGAUGCCCAGAUCAUCCUUGAAAUCUUUGCCAGCAUUGGCUCAGCCUCUACCCAGGAUUCCAAAGGGCUGCUCAGUGUUAUCCCUGCUGCUGUAGAGAAAAUGAUGAACACCACAGGGUGCUCCUCUGCGGUCCAGGAUGGCCUAUUAAUCGUCAUUAUGCUGGUUUCUAAUCACAAAAGCCUUGCAGAAUUGUUGGUAUCUUGUGACAUCUGCCCAAUCCUGUAUAGCUGUAUUGGAAACGGGAGCAGCUCCACAGGCAGCCAUCAGCAGAUGCUAGCUAUCAUGGCCCUUAGUAACAUCUCUCUGAACCACAAACUUUCUACUGGAAUCGAGAACAAAGGAUCGAAAGAGGCUUUAAACCUGAAGGAUGCUGAGUUGAAGAUGCUGCUUGUGAGCUUAAAGGAGCAGAGCGGCACCAAAGAGAUCAUUCUUUCACUGGAGCGUUGGAUUUGUGAUGAGACAACUGGACUGGAAUCUCAGAUUGCAGAUAUUAUGAAGGAUAAAGAAGCCUUCCAGUCAUUGGUUCAGGGAUUGGACCAUUUUCGCUCAGAAAAGGCUGUACAACAGGCUAUCAUUCGAAUUCUGAGCAAAUUUUUGGAUAAUUACCUGGAAGACCUGUUGCCCUGGCAUGAAAGCAUUGAACCAUGUUUGUCAUCCAUGACUGCCUACAGUAGUGACCGAGAGGUACUGCAGGAUUUCAUUCGGUUUCUACACAGGCUAGCAACGGUGAACAAGGAUUAUGCAGUAGUCAUGUGUCGGCUUGGGUCAAAGGAAACCCUGUCAAAGGCACUGGACAAACAUAGUUCGGCUUUAUUGCUGGCUGCUGAGCUCCGAGAUCUUGUCAGUGACUGUGAGAAAUAUGCAAGUCUUUACAAGAAAAUGACCACCAGUAUCCUGGCUGGUUGUAUACAGAUGGUUUUGGGACAAAUUGAGGAUCAUAGACGCAGCCAUCAGCCAAUCAAUAUCCCUUUCUUUGAUGUAUUCCUGAGGAACCUCUGUCAAGGUCUGUCCGAACGGCUCAAUGAUAACAGACUGAAUCACGGUUCCAGUGUGGAGUUGAAAGAGGACAAGUGUUGGGAGAAGGUGGAGGUGUCCUCCAAUCAUCAUAGAGCGAGCAAGCUAACUGACAAGAACACCAAAACGUACUGGGAAUCAAAUGGCAGCACAGGGUCCCAUUACAUUAACAUCUACAUGCACAAAGGGGUGGUCAUCAGACAAUUGACCUUGGUGGUUGCGAGUGAGGACUCCAGUUAUAUGCCAGCACGUGUGGUGGUGAUGGGAGGGGAUGAUCCAAGUAACAUCAGUACAGAACUAAACACAGUGAAUGUGGCACCCACUGCCAGCCGUGUUUUACUGCUAGAGAAUAUGACUCGUUACUGGGCAAUUAUCCAGAUUCGGAUUAAGCGAUGCCAGCAGGGUGGCAUUGAUACUCGUGUUCACGGAUUUGAAGUUUUGGGGCCAAAGCCAACCUUCUGGCCAGUAUUCAAGGAGCAACUUUGCAGUCGGACGUACCUCUUCUACACAACGAAGGCGCACACUUGGUGUCAGGAGAUUCAGGAGGAUAGGAUGCAGCUGCUGCAGCUUUUCAACAGGUUAAACAGUGCUUUGCGACAUGAGCAGAUGUUUGCUGAUCGUUUCCUUCCAGAUGCAGAGGCAGCUGAAGCAUUGGGACGGACAUGUUGGGAGGCUUUGAUCAAUCCCAUUGUAUUCAGUAUUACAGCUUUGGACAACAGUAACCCUAGUCCAUUAUCCUGGCUACUGAGUGAAUACCUGGAGAAUUCAGAAGUCUUGAAGCGGAGCAAAGGCCGAGCUGCCAUAUUUAAUUCCAGGGUUCGACGCCUCUGUCACCUUCUGGUUCAUGUAGAUACCAGCCGGAUGGAAACAGAGGAGCUAAAACCAACUGCUAAACCUGAUGGCAAAAACAGAUCAAAAGACAGCAGCAGCAGCACCUCUGGGCCUGUGAAAGGGCAGAUGGUGAGCAAGCCCAGCAGCAUCUCUGGGAUAGCUCAAUGUUGGCACGGAGUAGUACAGCAACAGGUUAAACGCUUUCUGGAUGGGGCUUGGAAUUCUCCUGACUUUGUCAAACGUUACAGGGAUAUGUAUUUGAAGUUGAAGAAUGCCAUGGAGGAACUGUUUGGGCAACAGAUGGCCUUUGUGUUAGCACUGCGCAAGGGCUUCGCAGCAGCACUCCUUCAGCUAUCCCAUCUCACCGCCAUGCAUGUCAGUGAGCGGUUUGCACAGUACAUUGAUCAACGCAUCCAAGAAAGCGAAAUGAACACGAGUAAUGUGGAAACACUAAAUCAGCUGCAGCAAUUCUUGGAGCCGAUGCUGUUCCUCUCAGGACUUGAGCUGGCCAACAUGUUUGAACAUUUCUACAGAUACUAUCUGGCAGAUCGGCUUCUAGGCCAAGGGAAAGUGUGGCUAGAGCGAGCUGUUAUCGAUCACAUCGGAACCUGUUUCCCCAGCAGAUACCCUCAACAGAUGCUGAAGAAUCUUACCGCAUCGGAUGAGCUGCAGCAGGAGUUCCACCUCUACAGGCUGCAACAACUCGACAAGAAACUGGAGGAUCUGGAUGACGAAAUGAUGGAAGACCAGAUAUCCUUGACAGAAGAAGAAACUGAUUUGAAAGUACUUGUACUUUCUCCGCGUUGUUGGUCCAUAUCUUUUCUCUGUUAUCAUGAUGAUCCCAGAGCAUUCUUCCCAUCUGCCCUCAGCAAUUUCCUGGAGGAGUUUUCCGACUUCUACGCUAUUAGUCAGAAUGUAUAUGGAUUCAGCAGCACAAAGCCUCGGCGGUUACAGUGGACAUGGCUGGGACAUGCUGUCAUCUCCUACGGAUCGCUGACUUUGCAUGUGUCCACUCUGCAAAUGUACAUCCUGCUGCAGUUUAAUGAACAGGAGGAAGUUCCUGUGGAGACCAUCUUAAAAUCAACUGGUUUGUCCCCAGUUCUGGUUAGUCAUGCACUGGAACCUCUGAUAGGAGAAAAUGACAUCCUCGUACAACCAGACACUGACAAAAAUAAACUCAAAGGGAUCCUGAGGCUGAAUGAAAAGGUAUUGUCCAGAGGAUCAGCAAAUAACCAGUACUGCUCAUUGCUGCCAAAACAAACCUAUUUAAAUGUGGAUGAAGAUGCUGCCAGCACAUUAGAACGCAAGAGGAACAUUAUCUAUUGCAUGAUUGUACAGAUCAUGAAAUCUGAGAAGGAGCUUCACAUCGAUAAUCUUGUUUUCAAGGUGAUUGAAAGGUGUCAGAACCAGGAGUCAAAUUUAGCACAUAAGUUCCUUCACUUAAACUGCAGCAAUAUGGAUGUUCUGUCUUGCAUCAUGCACCUUAUCAACAAGGGUUACAUCAGGCGCAAUGAAGACAACCCUCACAUUCUGGAGUAUGUGCUCGAGGACCCAACAACCCCCCGGAAGGGACAAGCACACACAAUAUUCAGAAAGCUUGGAGCAAAAACCAUCGAGUCAAACAGCAAUGGCAAAGAGAAUCUAUCGCUAUUUAGCUUUGACGGCGGUUUUGAGGCUGGGUCACAGAGUUCAGAAGAAGGAGUGCUGGAGACGGUGCUCAUGUCGAUGGGGCGAACCAUGAGCCAAGAGGAGGUGCAGCAACUGAUGAGCCAGACUGUCCUUCAGGUAGCAGACACGCUCAGCAUUUCCACUGAUGUGUCGCAACACUUGCUUAUGCACAGCAAGUGGAACAUUGACUUGUUGGUACAGCGAUAUGCUGAAGAUCGUGAAGUCCUCUUGUUGGUGGCGGGACUUCAGGUCCGGAAUCCGCAAACACUCAGCAGCCCCAUCACCCAGUGUCCCGUUUGUCUAAACCUGCUUAGUAAUGAAAGUGAAGCUGCUCCCACUCUUUGCUGCAUGCACUACUGCUGUAAGUCCUGCUGGAAAGAGUAUUUAAUGACGAGAAUUGAGCAGAACCUGGUGCAGAAUUGUACGUGUCCAAUUUCUGACUGCCCUGCACAGCCAACCAAUGAGUUUAUCUCCUCUAUUAUAAGUGACAGUGAGAUUGCAGCCAAGUAUUUUAAAACGCUGCUGCGAGGAUAUGUGGAAUGCUGUUCAAACCUAACUUGGUGCACCAAUCCGCAGGGCUGUGAUCAGAUUCUCUGUAAGGAGGGGAUAGGCAGUGUUGGCACCUGUUCCAAGUGCUGUUGGUCCUCUUGCUUCUCCUGUAAUUUCCCGGAGGCACACUAUCCUGCCAGCUGCAGCCACAUGUCCCAGUGGAUGGAUGAUGGUGGUUACUACGAGGGAAUGACAAUAGAAGCACAAAGCAAACACCUGGCAAAACUUAUCUCCAAACGCUGUCCAAGCUGCCAUGCCCAGAUUGAGAAGAACGAGGGCUGUCUUCACAUGACUUGUGCCAAGUGUAAUCAUGGAUUUUGCUGGCGGUGUCUGAAGCCAUGGAAACCGACACACAAAGAUUACUAUAACUGCUCAGCUAUGGUCAGUAAAGCAGCACGGCAAGAGAAGCGGUUUCAUGAUUAUAACGAACGAUGCACUUUUCACCAUCAGGCACGGGACUUUGCGAUUAAUUUGGAAGCAAAAGUAUCUGCAAUAAAUGAAGCCUUGCAAAUGAAGUCACUAACAUUUGUUAUUGAUGCCUGUAAAAUGCUUGCUCAGGCGAGGAAGGUAUUGGCCUAUUCCUGUGUGUACAGUUACUAUAAUCAGGACACUGAAAAGAUGGAUAUAAUGGAACAGCAGAUGGAGAACUUGGAGCUGCACACCAAUGCCCUCCAGAUCCUUCUGGAGGAGACCCUACUACAGUGCGUGGACCUGGCUUCCUGUAUUCGCCUGUUGAAACCAGAACACUUGAAUACAGGACUGGAACUAAUCCGCAGGAUACAAGAGAGACUGCUUGCCAUCCUCCAGCACUCAACACAGGAUUUCCGAGUGGGGUUUCAGCCAAAGCAGGGUGUCGAUCAGAAUCAAGUUCAAUCCACAGACCUUUUAAACACAGUGCCAUCUGAUUCCACCAAAGAAGUGAAGUCAGGCAGUCAAACUGAGGAAGAGGACGGAGAUUAUGAUGACGAUGAUGAUGAGUAUGUCCCGGAGUGGCAUGACACAUACGAUGAGGAUGAAGAUAUUGAUGAAGAUGAUUUUUCAGAUGAUGAAUCAGAGAACCUAGAGAGAGAUUUCUUUUACCUGGAAGACGAUGUUUAUGACUAAAGAGAGUUGAGAUUUUUUUAUAUAUAAUAUAUAUAUAUUAUAUAUAUAUUCUGAAUAAGUGGACAAUUUACAAAAAGCAAUGUAAUUCACAGUAGUUAGAUGAAAAUAUCUUAGUCCGCGCAGAACGCAGAACCCUAGAUUCUUUUUUUGUUAUGCCACUUCUGGUUAACUGGCUUCUCUUUUUGAUUUAGAAAAGUUUUUUUGGUGUUCAGGUUUUAAAAACACACACACAACUAAGGAGAAACUCUGUCUUUUUCUUUUAUUUUGUUAACAUUUCGCCCCUCUGGAGAGAGCUGCUGAUAAACUGCUACUGAACUGUUUCUGGGAGAUGUUCACUGUAUUCAGCUAUAAAAGAACAAAGGGCAGUGAAGGCUCCACUUAGCAGAAUACUUCAAUUGUUCACAUAUAAUGUUCUUUCUGAGAAAUUCCAGUUAUGCAAGUUGUGAAAAUAAAACACUUUCUUCUAAUGUA